AUCCGCGCCCAGGUUAUUGAUUCGCUAUUUCUUCCUUCUCUUUCUCUUUACAGAUGGUACAUUACGUGUCCGCGUCGGCCCUCACCUCCCAGAGUAACCUGUCGGCGGCCAACCAACAGCCAAUCACCUUUGGCCAGCUGCUGCGCAACGCCGGCAACAUGGGCGACAUUCGGGACUGUCCGAAUGCCUGCGGAGCCAAGAUCGGAAUCCGACGUGCCUUGCUUAACCGUCCAGAUGUCGUCUCGAUCGGUGUGGUUUGGGACUCGGAACGUCCGGCCGCCGAUCAGGUGCACUCCGUCCUAAAAGCCGUCGGAACUUCGCUUCGCCUGUGCGACGUCUUCCACCAGGUGUCCGAUCAACGGUGGGCUCAGACCGUCAACCACGAACUGGUCGGAGUGGUGUCCUACUACGGCAAACACUACACGACCUUCUUCUUCCACACCAAGCUGCGCGUCUGGGUGUACUUCGACGAUGCCAACGUCAAAGAGGUCGGCCCCAACUGGGAAGGCGUGGUGGACAAGUGCUCCCGAGGACGCUACCAACCGCUGCUUCUGCUCUACGCACUGCCGCAGCCGCAGCCUCAACCACAGCAGGUCACCGCCCAGGAGCUUGCCGCAAUGCAACAAGCUCAACACCGGAGAGCGGUGACUCCCAGCCCCGAAAAGGCUCCGAUCGGUUCACAGAACCGCAGAGCCAUUACGCCAACCCCAAAUCGAGCGGUCUCCGUCUGCGACUACCAAAACCUGAGUGUCAUCCAGAGCAAGAUCUUCCCCAACGAAGAGAAGGAAAGCUACAUUAGCCGCAAGGCCGUCCAAAACGUCCUCAACGCUCAACAGUACCAGAACCUCUCCGUCAUCCAAGAUAAGAUCUUUCAGCAGCAACAGGACACUGACAAGUCCGAUCAAGGUGGAUACAUCUCCAAGAACGCCCUCAACGCUCAAAUGCGCAAACAACCCAUGAAUCUCCAUCGAAGUCUCAGCGCCGAAUCCGGUCAGGUAUCGCCCCCCUCAUCAUCCACCUCCUCCUCCUCCCCCGACGGUCUCUCCAUCCCGGAUCACCUCAACCAGCCGCGUCGCCGAGACUCCGGCAACUGGAGCGGCGAUCGCAACUCGGCCUCCUCCUCAUCCUCCACCACCCUGGACAACCCUUACCUCUACCUAGUCGGCAAACGCAACGGCAGCGUACCCGCCAGCCCCACGCGCCAGGGACAAUUCUACGACGCCGGCUACGAUUCCUACUCGCUCUCGUCAACCGAUUCCUUCCCUCCGAAGCACCCGAUCAACGGCAACAACAUGCACCUAGCCAAGAUCCCCGAAUCCGUCGUGCUCAGCGGCGACUGCGAGAAGCUCUGCAUGGAGGCCGAUCAACUGCUAGAAAAAUCCCGCAUCCUCGAGGAAGCCCACGAUCUGGAAACGGCCCUAGUGCUGUGCAACGCGGCUGCAAGCAAAGCCCGCGCCGCCAUGGAUGCUCCGUACAGCAAUCCGCACACGAUGACCUUCGCCCGGAUGAAGCACAAUACCUGCGUCAUGCGGGCUCGAUCCCUGCACCGGCGGAUCCUCAUCGAAAAGGGCGGCGAGAUCAUCAAAGAGCAACAGCAACAACACCAGCAAUUGGCUUACAAUCUGGCCGGGAUCGGCACUGGUGGAAUCGCUCACCGAAGACAAAACAGCAAGGAGAAACUGCUGAGUAGCGGACGUCAAAACAGCAAGGAGAUGUUGCACGAGUCGGGAAGUUCAACUCUGACGCGAAGCUCGCCGUCCAAGAGCAUCGAGAUCUACGCGACACUGCCGAAGAAGAAGGUAACGCUGAAGUUGGUCGAAGCCGAGAACAUCGAGGAAGUGAUUCAGGGCACGGUUGAUGUGAAACCCGAACGGGAAAGCCGAUCGCUGUUCGGGCGGAGUAAGGACUCCAAGGAGAAGCGCAGCCGCAGUGAGGAUCGCAACAAGAUCAAUCGGGACUUCCAGCUAGCGGAUGCAUCGUUGGUGAAUGCGAAGGAUACUCUCAAGAAGCACAAGGAGGAGAAGGAAACCGACAAGAAGGACAAGGACGCCAAGGCGGGAAAGAAGCAGCACAAGAUUAGGCGGAAGCUGCUGAUGGGUGGGCUGAUCCGGCGGAAGAACCGAUCGAUGCCCGAUUUGACGGAAGGAGCGGGUGCAGCGGAUGAGCCUGCCGGAGGUAUUAUCCCACCGAUCAAGCAGAUGGUGUCGAUCGAUGACAGCACGGUUGGACUGAGUCUAGCCAAGGAUGCAGCUAACAGCGGGUAUCUGUCUGAAGGACACUUCGACUAUCAGGUAUCCAACACCAACCCGAAUCUGGAGCGAAGUAAGCUGAUGCGCAAAAGCUUCCAUGGAAGCGGCAAAACUCUCACAAUCCCGAAAGUGCCACCGCCACCGCCCGUACGGGUGGGAUCAUCCUUGACUGCUCAACAACUUCAGCAGCAGCAGCAACAACAACAACAACAGCAGCAAACUCAGCAAAUGCUGCAAGUGCAGAAACUACCCCUGAAUGGUGCCAAUCUCCGUCACCUGGAGUUCCAGGAAAGUCAUCCACCGGCUUCUCCGCUGGAACCGUAUCACAAGGCAAACCUCUCCAAUCUCUCAACCAUGAGCUCGAACACCAGCAUGAGCGAAGACUCCUGCCAGACAAUAAUUACGACCUGUGCCGUGGUCCACCAGGAACAGUCCCCUAUGAAACCGCAAGAUCAGCAGCCCUACUCAUCAUCAGCUUCAGUCGAUGAAGUUGACUCGAUUGUCAAAUACAAUAGCGCACCCAGCAGCAAUAGCAACGGCCCCACCCAAAUGGAGCUGCCACCGUAUCCAAGCCCGCCGUCGACCACGUGCCAUUCGCGUCAGGCCAGCGAAGAUUUCCCUCCGCCGCCACCGGCGAUCGACUUUGAACCACUUAACGAACAGCUAAGCGAAAUUCAAAGUCUUCAGCAACAGCAGGGAAAGAGUACGCAGCCAAUUCAUCCACAACAGUACCACGUUCAGAACACAACAAGCAUCCUGGCACAGCUACAAGCCAAACAGCACCAGCUGAUGAUGAACAAGUUGCGCGAACAGCAACAACAGCAGCAGCAGCAGCAACAACAGAACAACAACGCCAACAACCCCAUCAGCGCUUCCGAGAUCCUGAACGAGACGACCCGUUCGGAGAUCUGGCUGAAGGAACUGCAAGCCAAGCAGAUCGCACUGAAGCAGCAGCAACAGCAACAGAAUCAACCACAAGCACAGCAACAACAGCAGCAAAGUAUGAUGCACCAGCAGCAGCCAAGCAACGAUCAGCGAAGCGUACGCGAUUUGGCGUCCAGAUUCGAGCAGAUCAAGAUGGCACCAAUGCCGGCGCAGCAGACGCAACAACCGUCUCAGGCGCCGCAGCUACAACCGACGCAGCAGCCAAGCGUGGUGGCUGCGCCGACGAUACGUCCCUAUCCAAGUCAGGAGCUACUAAAUGGAGUCACUAAACAGACACUGCCGCAGCCAGCACAGCAACCACCACCGCCCAACGUACGAACGGGCAUGAGUGGUCUCCUGACGGAUCAGAAGGCGAAACAACCAUUGACGAGCACGCUGUCGUCGGAUACCGUCGCCAGCAGCAGUUCCAACGCACAAGAUGGAGUGGAUGAAGUUGACUGCAGAGCGGCGUACAAAAUACUGCCCAAGCCAAGGUAUGAUAUUGCCCAGUCUCAGAUUCAAGAAGAGAUUCGAGAGGUCGAGAUGCUGAAUCAGGUGGUGCAGCAAACGUUGAACAAUUCUACUAAUAGCAACACUGUUGCGAAUGCACUCAAUAAGAGGACAAAGAAGAAGAGCGUGUCGUUCUGCGAUCAGGUGAUACUGGUGGCAACGGCAGAUGAUGGUGAAGAAGAUGACUUCAUUCCGAAUCCGAUACUGGAACGCGUCUUGAGGACGGCUGGCAACGGUAGCGGGGAUGCUGAAGAGCGACAAGGACAGAACUCUCCGCAACCUGUGUUGUCCACUAGCAUUACGUACCACCCGAUCAAGACACCGGCAGGCGGGCAGUACUCACUGGCUGCAGAUAUGCACAAGCAGAACAUGGAGAUUCAACGACAACUGCAGCAGCAACAACAGCAGUACUAUCAAGCUCAGCCGCAACAGCAGCCCAAUGACAGCUAUCAACAAUACUCAGUCAUUCCAAGCAACGCUGCCGUGUUCAAAAAUCAGCAAUUACAACAACAGCAGACGAUAUUCAAUGAUAACUCAAUACCGAAACCGUCAAUCUACCAAUCUCCUCCAAUGCAACAGCAGCAAUAUCUACAACAGCAGUCACAGCAGCAGCAGCAACAACAACAACAGAAGUUGCGGCUAUUCGACGACAGCAGUAGCGAACACAGUUACGACAUGAGGUUAGCUCCACCAACAUCCGCUCCAUCUAGCUACGGAAGUUCUCCGUACAUGUCCGUCCCAUGCCCAAUGGAUCAAGGCUUCCAAACGGUCUCCGCGUCACCAACCAUAACCACCAACACGAUGGUCAUGAAUGGCUCUCCGAAUCCAGCUCUACCGCUAGGUAUCCGGCAGAACCUAACCUCAAUGAUGCACCAGCAAAAUGGAUCCGUCCUGAGACAGCAGCAGCAAUCUCCCCUGAUGGUAUCGCAGCAACCACAGCAACCUUCCAAUGUCUACCAGAAGCCGCCUAUGCCUGUCAACUACACGCAACAACAACAGCAGCUGAACAUGAUGCCUUACAGCACCAAUUCUAACCCUUACAAUACUUACAGCACGCAGCCACAGCUGCAGCAGUCUCCCCAACAGCUUCCAUCGCCCUAUCAGAGGGUACCAUUGCCUCACUAUCAAGACUCCCCUUACCAUGAUCUCCCCCUGCCCCAACAGCAACAACCGCAGUCUCCUCCUCAUCAGCAGGUCUACCUCCAACCCCAACAGCAGCAACAACAGAAGCCCCAACAAAAGAAGGUGAGCUUCGAACCGGGCACCAAAGGUGGCUCCGAUUGUCCACCAUCACCUCAACCUGUCCCAUCCUCCAACCCUCAGACUCUCCCCCCGACCGACCCCCAACAACAACAACAACAACAGCAACAAGUCGGACUCCCGGUCACCCGGGUAGCCAUUGCCACCUACAACAGCAACGCCAUCGUCAAAGCCUCGGCCAAGGCCGUCCAGUGCAGUCUCUGCCGGAAGAAGCACUGCAUCCUGCCGGCGGUGUACUGCACCGAUUGCGAGUUCUACAUGAGCCGCUUCCAGGGUCCGAUGCGGAGGUGAUGCAACCCUGCCGUCCCGGAGCUGCGGUGCGGACAGGUGCAGUGUGAGUGCAACGGUUGACUGCAACUUCCAGGUGCGUUUAACCGUGUGCUCAGCUGUGCUGAAUUGGGCCGGCCCAGCGUGAAUAGCGUUGCUUCGUGGGGAAUUUGAAGGGUAUAGGAAACGUGUGAACAAUACAACAGGACAUAUAGCGAUCUGCCAACGGUCGAAACCUCUUUCAAUCAGCCGAAGAACUUUCAGUCGGAUUUAAUUACCGAUUAUUCGUCACAACAACAUUCACCAAACUGAAAAAUUUACUCGAAUUGUGCAUAGUUUUCACAAUUGAACAAGUAAAGAAUAUUUUCGAAUAACAUUAGAAUAAUUCGAACUUACCUUUGGAAGCGAAGCAUGCGGUGAAAAGUUUGGCCGAACACUAGCAGCACGAACACAGCUCACAAGCAGCAACGCAAUCUUCUCGCACAAAAUGCUUUACAAGACUGACAGUUCGUUUGACUUCGCACUUCGUCGCCUGCUUUUCUUUCUGUUUGUGUGCAGCAGCUCAACACCGCUUCGCCUAUAUGCCCUGUUGCCUUUUUCACAUAUGUUCCCUAUAGAACCCACAUCCCAAAUUCGGUCUCGGCAACGAAAAAAAAACGAAGUGCAAAUUAGUUUGUGUUAGCCUAUAGGAAAAACAAAACGUGCCUUUCAGCGGGGAUCCACCAGUCCACCGUUUAAUGUUCCGACUGCUGUGAAUCCAACCUUAGGUCAUUUUUUUUUGUAACUUUGCGGUUAAUUUUAGUUGGUUAUUUUAUGCCUGCGGUUUGAAACCGCCUGUUGGGCGCUCGUUAGGGAUAACUUAUAAAAAAGCAAAAUUGAUGCGGAUUUUAAUCAUUGAAAAAAAAAACUGGCGAAGCUUCUUUUGAAAAGAGGCCUAUCGCUGCCGCCGUUUUAGUGGUACGUUACACGUGUGUACAGACAGUUAGAAAUGGGGUAGAAAAGUUUUUAGGUUGCUGUUUUUUUCUUGGGAGAGAUUGUGCUCCUGUCGAAUGUGAUAUCUACUUUUUUGCUCGAGUUUAUAUCUUUAUUUAAAUUUUGUUUUUCGUUCUGACUCGCGGAGUUAGAUUUUAAUUGUAUUAUAAGACAAUCAGAAAUUCGUCCAAUUAGUGUAAGUAAAUAGACCUACUAGCGGUUAAGAGACUUAACGAACAACCAUUCCCGAUACUGCCCAUUAAUGCAUUUUAUCCAUAGAGUGACCUUACUUGUUAGUUUUAAGUUUUAAUAUCAAGUGUAUAAAAGACACGAACUCCAACUUCGUCGACAUUCCAGCUUAUAUAUGAACAGUUCUACUUAAGAAUGACUUAAACACGACAGACCCGACAAUGGAAACUAGCAUUCCGAACGACCAAGCGUAAGUAUUAUACCUAAUGCAACAAUUAUACAACGUGUGAGAUUUGAAGUCUAAUCUCCUCUAUUUGCAGAGGAUUUUAUCCUCUCGUGAACAACUUUCGUGUACAUUUUGUGCUAUUUCUUUAUUUUUAUGCUUAUUUUUAUUAUAGUGUUUAUUUUAAUAUUAUCGACAUAUGAUUUAUAACGAGUAUUUAAAACAAUGAACAAAAAAUAAUGAAAUAAAUUUCCUUUCUAUUUUCAGAAUAAUAAAAAAACGUGUUUUAUUCGUUUUGAAUAUUGAGAAAUUCCAUUUUCUACCACGUUUGUAUCUAUCUCUUCUCAUGACACUCAAAU